AUGGUGAGGGGAAAGACGGAGAUGAAGAGGAUAGAGAACGCAACGAGCAGGCAAGUGACUUUCUCCAAGAGAAGAAAUGGUCUUUUGAAGAAAGCUUUCGAAUUAUCUGUUCUUUGUGAUGCUGAAGUUGCUUUGAUCAUCUUCUCUCCAAGAUCCAAACUCUAUGAGUUCUCUAGCUCUAGUAUAGCAAAAACAAUAGAACGCUAUCAGAAUCGAGUAAAAGAAAUCGGGAGUAGCCAUAAGAGAGAUGGUAAUUCUCAGCAAGCGAGAGACGAAACAUCUGGUUUGACCAAAAAGAUUGAACAGCUAGAGAUAUCAAAACGAAAACUGCUUGGAGAAGGUAUUGAUGCAUGUUCUAUUGAGGAGCUGCAACAGUUAGAGAAUCAAUUGGACCGAAGCUUGACCAGGAUAAGAGCAAAGAAGUACCAAUUGCUCCGUGAAGAAAUUGAGAAGUUGAAGGAAGAGGAAAGGAAGCUUAUUAAGGAAAAUAAAGAACUAAAGGAGAAGUGUCGUGGAAUGGGAGCAAUGGUAGUGGCAUCAUCAACAUUAUCAUCAGAAGUGAACAUAGAUGACAAUGACAUGGAAGUGGAUACUGGUUUGUUCAUUGGACCUCCUGAGACAAGACAAUCCAAAAAAAUUCUUCCUCAAAACUAG